AGUCCACAAACUGGAAAGAGGAGGGUUGCCUGGGAGGUCUAACGAAUCAAAUAUUAUUUUAUUGUCUAUUCUGUAAACGUAAUAUUGAUCUUUAAUUUAAUUCAACAUGACCCCCAAAUUAUUCAGUAUCCAUUGUCAAACUGUUAUCGUCUAUUGUUAAGCUAGUAUAAAGGUUGAAAGGGUUCAUGGUGGUACUUCAGCGCGGACACUUGGAGGCGCCCACAAGCGGUCCUGUGACAAUUGAUGGAGAUUUGGAGAAGAUGGACUUUGAUAAAGCCACAACCACACAAUGUGUCUAAUGAAUUCUUUUGUCUUCUAAGGUCAUUGUAUGUCUGAUCCAGAUCUACCGCGGCGGACUUGCUAUCUAACUAAAGGGACAAUGGCAGCGGUAACGAGUCCGGAAACGACACCUCAACCCCGGGUCUACUUUCAAACGCCUCCCGGUACCGAAGAAGAAGUGCCACAGAAGCAAGGGCGAGUGACCGUGAAAUAUGACAGGAAAGAAUUAAGGAGGAGGCUGAAUCUGGAAGAAUGGAUAGUUAGCCAGUUAAUGAAUCUGUAUGACUGUGAGGAGGAUGAGGUCCCCGAGCUGGAAAUAGAUGUGGACGAGCUGCUGGAUCUGCCAAACGAUGUCGAGAGAGCCAUUCGAGUGAAGAUGCUGCUGGUCGACUGUUACAAACCUAAUGAUGAUUUUGUGGUGGCGCUGCUGGAGAAAGUUCGCGGCAUGCAGAAAUUCAGCACUCCCCAGAAGAAAGGUGAGCUGACGCCAUGAGGUCACACCAGCUCCCCUCCCACCACCACAAAACAAUCCUGUCACUCCAAACCCAGAGGAGAAAUGCAGACAUGCAGACCCAACCACUAUACAACAGUGUCUGUCAAACAGAGCUUAUCGAUAGGAGUCCAGCCAAGCCAAUGUCAGCUGCAGGUUGAUAACCCCAACUGUUUUACUUUGUCUUAGUACUGUCUCAGCAUAUAUUACAUGUAAAGAGUGUGGUAGUGUCUCUUUAGCUUAAAACGUCCGUGGUGAUUUAGGGAAAGGAUUCGAAUGUUGUGGAAAUGGUUGAUGUUACGGUUAGACUGUUCACUUAUACACUUCCUUCAGAGCCACUUGACUUGAUGUGUCUGUAGUCAAGUAGAAAACUAGAGCAAAACUGAUUUUUCUUUUUAUGUCAGUCUCUCACUUCCGAUGUCUUUCGAUAAGGGCGAAUUUCAAAGUUUUGAGGCCAGAAGGCAUUUGUUUUAGAUGUGACGGGUAUGUGAGAUUUUAGAACAUGUUGAUGUGAAUUGGGAAGAGGGAGGGGGGUGAUAAAUCUGAACUGUGUUUUGUAAGCCAUUUUUAAUCUACCAUUUAUAGGAAAAACAAUGACAGGUCUGUGUGGGUACUACUGCUUUUAAGAAUCAUUUGACUGAGGAAACAAAAAUGAAGCUGGUUUUAUGAAGAGUAGCUAAACCAAUUGAGUGAAUUUGCCAAUUUGUUACAUGGAUGAAGCCUGAAGAACGUGAAGCGCUAAAUCAAUGUCAAAGCCCAAAUAUCUUUUGUAAAUAAAACGUUUAUUUAAUUUCAAGUGAACGUGAUUGAGAAAUGCGUCUCUUGCUGAUCAGAACUUGUUGGAAUGGCAAAACUGUACCGUGUGCACUCUCACAACCAAAUAUGUGUAGUAAGGCUCUCAAAUAAAGAAUGGUGCUACAUACAUGUCUAUAAAA